AUGCUGAGUUACGAUGAGGCAUCUACCAAAGGAGAUGUUUUUGAAAAUGUUCUGCAGUUGGUUCAUACAGCUCCAAUACAGACAUCUAUUCUGGGAAUUGUCAUCUUCAUCUUCCUUUGCUGGUUAAUUAGAGACAACCUGGAACUCAAAAAUAUCAAGGACAAAUAUAUCUUUAUUACUGGAUGUGACACUGGCUUUGGAAACUUACUGGCAAAGCAGCUUGACAAACGAGGGUUUCGUGUAAUCGCUGCUUGCUUCACAGAAAGCGGAGCAGAGAAACUACAGACAGACUGUUCAUCCAAACUGAAAACUGUCAGGCUCAAUGUGACCAGCCAAGAUCAUAUUCAGAAAGCAGUGGAAUUUGUACAAGCAGAAGUUGGAGACCAAGGUCUAUGGGGUUUAGUGAAUAAUGCUGGAAGAGCAAUUCCAAUAGCACCCACAGAAUGGCUGACAGUGGAAGAUUUUACCAGUGUCUUGGAUGUUAACCUAGUUGGACUUAUUAACGUCACCCUUCAUUUUCUUCCACUGGUGAAAAAGGCAAAGGGAAGGAUUGUGAAUGUUGCUAGUGUCAUGGGUCGUAUUUCAUUUGCUGGUGGUGGCUACUGUGUUUCAAAAUGCGGAGUGGAGUCAUUUUCAGACAGUUUAAGGAGGGAUAUGCAGCACUUUGGAAUGAAAGUCAGCAUUAUUGAACCGGGUUUCUUCAAGACAGAAACUACAAACUUAGAGUUUAUUGAGAAAAACCUUCAACAGCUUUGGGAGAGACUGACCCCUCAGACCAGGGAUUACUAUGGGCCAAAGUAUUUUAAUAAUUACAUUAAAGUACAACGGUUUUCAAUGCACGCACUGUGUUCUACUGACCUUGAGAAGGUGACUAACUGCAUGGACCAUGCUUUGACAGCCAAGUAUCCACGAACACGUUACAGCGCCGGAUGGGAUGCUAAGUUUUUCUGGAUUCCUAUCUCCUAUGCACCAUCAUUUCUAGUAGAUUGCAUGUUACGUUUGUUUUUACCGACCCCUGCAUAUUGUUUGAGAAAAUCAAAAGCCAGGAACGUAAUUGUUGUGUAAUCAAAUCAUCCACUCUACUAGAAUUACACGUAGGCACUAUAUGUAGCAUUAUUACCAGGUAAUGUUUUUCUAAGUUUUAAUUCGGUAAGAAAGCACUUGUUCAGACAGAAUAAAUAGAGGAUUGUACUUAGAUUUUAUAUGUGAUCAGUAACUUUACAACAAGUUAAAAUA